AUGAAUCGAAUUAUUAUUACAGAAAUUGGAGAUUCUAUUCGUAAAGAUUUAAAAGAAGAUUGUACUUCAAAUGACUUUAAUUUUACUUCAAGUAAAAGAUAUCUUCGUUUUAAAACCAAUACUAGUGAGUCUACUGUUGAAUUAAAAAGAUAAAAUACAAUAAAUCCACUCUUAUAUCCAUAAGAACUUGUCUCUAUAGCUUAAACAAAAUUAUAUAAUAUGGCAAAGCUUUCUCUUUAAGGUUAAACUGAAUAAUUGAAGAAUUGCAUAUAGUAGGAUCUCAAUCUACCAAAAAAGAGUUCCUACUUAAAUAAGAAUUUAGACAAAUUAGUACAUAAAAUUGUUGAUAAUUAAGGUAUUUAUAAUAUUUCUAAAAGAUUGAGAUUAAUUUACAAAGAGAAAAAGUUAGUUGCUUAAAAAACUUUUGUUAAUAAAAUAAAGUGAUAGAAGUAAAUCGAAUUAUACUUUGGCUUUUAAAGACAAUGAGAAAGUUUAAACUAUUCUUUAAGUUCCAUCUAUUAUGAAUGCUGAAGGAAAAUUAGAAUAAUUGUAGAGAAGAUUUUAGAGACAGAAUCAAGCUGAUUCAAAAAUGAGAUAAAGAUUGGCUAGUUGUUUAGAAUAAAGUUAAGAAAGAAGUUUAAGUAGAUUUAAUAUAAAUUUUUCUGGUUUUAAGAUAUCAAGAAAGGAAUUAACAAAUAAAAAUAACUCUUAAGUCAGAAUAAGAAUUUAAUAAAAUUGUUGCAAUAAAUAAAUUAAUACUGAUUGA